ACUCGCACGUGUGAAGGCAAGCCCGGUUCACUUGGGCAUGAGGCCAUUGACGCCCACACCUUUGCUGAAUGGGGAGUGGACUACCUGAAAUACGACAACUGCUACAACGAUGGAACCCCAAACAAGUUGCGCUACACAGUCAUGCGCAAUGCACUGGAGGCCACAGGGAGGGACAUCUUCUUCUCCAUGUGUGAAUGGGGACAGGAUGACCCUGCUCUGUGGGCGUAUGACGUGGCAGACUCCUGGCGGACCACCGUUGACAUUGGGGACACGUGGAGAGCUAUUGGGGAAGGGGAGGGGAAGGAAGGGAUGCGAAGUCAUCUCCCUGCCUGUGUAUAUAUGCAACUUGUUUCGAGGCGUCUCAAAAUUGCGCGUGAUAGGAGUCUAGUUUUGAGGAGUCUCAAAAGUGCGUGAUAGGAGUCUAGUUUUGAGGCACCUCAAAACUAGGAAGGGAUGGGAAGUCAUCUCCCUUCCCGUGUAUAAGCAACUGAGGUCAUUUUUUAUUUGACUCAACGUAAAAACUCGCCUCGAGAGGAAGGGAGAGAUGAGAAGAAGUUUCCCUACUACCUAUGUCCAUGCGAUGUCAAUUCUUCCGAACUUCACCUCUUUAUCUACGUGCAUGUACCCUGCUCCCUCCCUGCAUGCAUGGCACAUGGCACAUGGCACACGGCAUAUGACUCAUGGCACGUGGCACGUGGCAUGUGGCACAUGGCACAUGGCACAUGGCGGCACAUGGCACAUGGCAUGUGGCACAUCCAGCAUGAUUCGGAUUGCAGACCUUAACAACAAGUGGGCCAAGUACGCCAAGCCAGGCGGGUGGAAUGACCCCGACAUGCUGCAGGUGGGGAAUGGCGGCAUGAGAGAGUCGGAGUACCGCGUGCACUUCAGCCUCUGGGCCAUCAUGAAGGCGCCUCUCUUGAUUGGCUGCGACCUCUCUCGUGUAUCAAAUGCGACACUGCGCAUUCUGGGGAAUGAUGAAGUCAUUGCUGUUAACCAAGACCGGCUGGGAGUGCAGGCAAGGAAGGUGCAAGUCUCUGAGGACAGCCUCAUAGAGGUUUGGUCCGGACCUCUGUCUGAGGGUCGGUGGGUGGUAGCCCUGGUGAAUCGCAGCCCAAUAAGCGCGAAGGUGACUGCCCGCUGGAAAGCGAUUGGCCUGAAUCCGGUGCAGCCGAUGUAUGCACGCGACCUUUGGAAGAAGGCAACCAUGGACAAGGUCAUCUCAGGGGAACUGAGCAUUCGAGUUCCAAGCCACGAUGUGAGGCUGUUCCUCAUCUGGCCCGCCACGGAGACUUCGUCCAGCUGACCUUACAGACCAGUCCAACAAUGGCACGUGCAUCAGCAAUAAGCCUUGGGAGAUGUAAAGGUCUGGAUACAUUUUUAAUUAUGACAUUGAAAUGCACUUGGUGGAGAUCAUGUCGUACCAUACCAUACUCUCUACUGGUCGCAUCGUUGUUUUUGUCCAACAUAACAGCUUGCCUGUUGCAUGAACCUAAGCUGUGGGAAGGAGUGAUAAUGAAAUUUGCACCAGCGAGUUAUUUGCGAUAGCACAUGGAUGUAUAUACACGUGAGAGCAAAUC